AUGUCUAACAACGAGAACACUAAAGUUAAAAGAUCUAGAGUUUUGACCGAGGAGGAGAAGGAGCGAAGAAGAAGUAGGGAAAGAGAAAGACAAAGGAACUUGACAGAAGAGCAAAAGGCGGGGGAGCGUGAAAGAAAGCGACUUGCAAGAGGAAGGGAGACAGAAGAAGAGAAAGAAAAUGAACGUGCAAAUAGCCGUGCAAGGAAGAGGAUAUCUAAGCAAAACCAAACCGAGGAAGAAAGGGAAAAUCAACGACACCUUGACCGUGUACGGAAGAGAAUUACUAGGCAAAACCAGACCGAGGAAGAAAAAGAAAUUGAGCGCCAAACUGUUCGUGAACGGAAGAGAAUUACUAGGCAAAACCAGACCGAGGAAGAAAAAGAAAUUCACCGGCAAAUUGACAGUGAACGGAAAAGAAUAGCKAAGCAGUACCAAACCGAGGAGAAAAAGGAAGUUGACCGCCAAACUGUUCGUGAACGAAAGAGGUUUGCUGCUCUGAGUGAAACAGAGCAUGAUAAAGAACAAAGACUUCAAAGAAGACGAACUGUUUUACAAAACCAGACUGAACAGGAAAAAGAAAGGGAGAGAGAAAGACAUAGGGGUAUACGUAGAAAAUUUAACGAAGAGCAUAGACGAAGAGAGAGAAGCAGAAUGAGAACAUUUCGCCGUCGUAAAGGAGAGAUGACAAAAGCUGAAUGUAAGCCAGAUGCUGAGCCAGUGGAAAGUGGUUUUAAGGAUUCUGAUGAAAGUGAUGAAGAGAUUAGCUGCAAAUCUUUGGUGGCUAUGGAAGCCGAUGAUAUUGUGUCAAGUGAGGACUUCUAUCAGGGAAGCUCAAGCAAUGAAGGGUGUUCUGCAGCAGAUGUUGAAGUUGAGGAUGAUGAAAAUGAUAAACCUAAUGGAGAAGUCGAGAAUAAUGAAAUUGAUGAACUUAAUAGAGAAGUGAUCCUUAUUGAUGGUGGAAACAAUCAAUGUGACUGUAUAAAUGAAGAAUUAGUUGAAGAGAUUUCAUGUGAUGGUAAUCCUGGAAUUGAUUUUCAAGAAGAGGCUUUAGGAGACAACAUUCAAAAUGUACAGCUGGAAGAGCAGAUACAUGUACCACAGAUCAAUGAUAGAGAAGAUGCAGAAUUGAUAGCUAGGGCAAGAGCAGUUGGUAUUGCCUAUGAGUUUGCAAGACCUGGUGUGGCUGAAAAUGUAGACGAGAAAAGGAGAAGACGGAGGCGCAACCAGAGAAAGAUAUCAAAAGAGGAACGAAGACUACGUGAUGUCAUCGGAGAUUUACCCCCACCUCCACCACCAGGGUCAAGUCAGCAUGAAGACGAUUGUUAUCUUGCAAUUAGAGCAUUUGAGAUUGAGCAGAUG